CCUCGAGUAAGACCCGGGGAAAGAAGCCAAUCACUAGGAACGCCAAGGCGGCGCAGACCAUCUGCUCGCGAGCGUAGCGGAUUAUCGGAUGACGCUACUACAUCGGGUGAACGUCGACGAACUUCCUCGGAACCACCUCGAGGCGGAAACAGGCGACGCCGGCAGGGAAGUGAACCGGAUCCAGACGGUGAGUCGCGAGAAAGAGGAACGCCAUCACAUCCGGCACCCGCACACCGGGGAAGGGGCUCGGGGGGAACGGGUACUCCGGGUGCCGAUGACCGAGCGACCAGGGACGGGGACGCUGGAGGAAGCAUGGAACCUGGCGCCACGGGGAACAGAAGCGAUCACCCUCGUUCCAGUACCAGAUGCGGAGUGUGCUGGGGUCAGGUCAUCAAGGGACAACGUGUGCCUGGAGGCGGCGGUUCAAGCUGACCCGGGGCUGCAGCUACGAGCUGAAAGACUGAUAAGGGGGUUAAACGACGAACCCCACGGAGCACGUUCGCUGUACAUCUGGAACCAAGACAGUCCGGGAAUAGGGCCUGCUUUGGACGAUGUCCGCAUGGAUGCUCUCACAUUCAGGUUCCAGACGGUGAAGAAAGUUCAACCUAGGUAUGCUUCCGACCAUGCCCGUCUCCAAACCCACGUGCUCCACCUGGUUAACAAGCAGCUGGCAGAAGGCGGCGGCGCUUCCUCGGCGACCGGGACCCCACUUUCCACUAUCCGGGUCAUCACACUUUGGUACCUACUACCAGGUAUUCUGCACUCCUUCGAUGGUCGGAUAGCUCGAAAAAAACGCCACAAAUCGCUAAAAAGAGGGGAUAUAUCGUCCGCUCUUCCUUGGCUGAUUGAGUAUACCAAGGCGGCGAGUGCAAGGAGCAGGGGACCGGCACGGGAAGACACACCCGACGACAAGUUUAAAAGGGCGGCGCAGGCAUGCCGGCACUCUGGAGGCGUGAAGGACGCAGCAAGAGCGCUCUUCGCCGAUCAACCGUCACUGGGGAACGACGAGACAUGGGCAUGUCUGAAAGCCGAAUUUCCGCAUGAGGAUCCCGUACAAGUGGAGCAAGCCGUCGCCGAAGCCAUAGCUGCAAGCCGCACCGAGGAGGAGGGAGGAAGUGCCCCGAGAUGGAGGCCAGAAACCGAGUUCGCUCCACAAGUACUCCUUCAAGUCAUCAACAGCAGAAGCUCUAACUCUGGAGCAGGAAAUGACGGGCAACGUUUCUCCCACCUUAAGUCCAUCGUCAACACUAAAAUUGGUCGGGAAGAGUUCAGCAACGCGAUGUCGUCCCUUUGAAGGAGGCGCAUCAACGAUCCCAACGCGUUCCCACCGGAGUUCUGGACUCUUUGGAAACAAUCCAGUCUAAUCGCCCUCGGUGAAA